UCUGGAUGGUUUUCAAUUGGAUACUGUUGAGCCUAGUUUUCACUCUUCAGGUCCAUGGAAUGUUUCCCAAAACGAAGUUUCAUAGAUAAAUUAGUUUGGAGAAAAGUUUGAACUGUGGAAGUCCUAUAGGCAGCUUCCACCUUCUUCGUUGUUGGGUUUAGACACAAGUUGCUUUUGUAGUUUGUCUGUCAUUCAUGACCCAUAUUCCUUUUCUUGAUAAUCGAGAUUAACUAUAGUUGUGUUUUCAACAAUUUGAUUCAUACGGCAAGAGUCUUGAAAAUCCAUGUGACGCAUAAAGCAUCCGAUUCCAAAAGGCUAUCAUUUUUUUAAAUAAAGAUUUUCCUUAAUGGAGAAUAAUUUAUCCCACUCAAUCUGACACUAGAGCCUUAAUGGUUAAGAUGCUAACUCCCUAGUCUCUGGAAGGAUUCCUUGGGUCAAACUCCCUAUGAGAACCAUCAAAUUGGACAUCUGCACUGAUAAACAAACUAAGAUAAGCUUCUGUUUCGAAAAAGUAAUUCAGUAAUUCAAUUGGACGAACAAGAUAGAGAGUGAGCUAUAACUAGACCUAUGCACUCCACAGAGCAAACUUCUUUUUCGGAAUGGAGGGUAUUUUGGUUCUCACUUUGUAAGUCUUGCAUUCUUAACAGAGCCAAGUUAGACAAGAGAAAGGGUGGGUUGUCCUGAGUCCUGAGGUAGUUUCCUGAAUGGAGCCCGGAGCUGCAUCGAGGAGGACGAGCAGGUUUUCUUCAUAUGAGAGGUUGGUGGCCAUCGGGUUGGCCCUUCUAGCUGUGCUUUCUCCUCUCUAUAUCGACCGGACAACGGUAGAUGAUUCAGAACUUGAUUUGGAGCACCCUAUUAACUUUGCUUCUUGGUUGCCUCUGCUGCUCUUGGUGUUGAUCUUGGCCCUCACUUUGUCGCUUUACUUGGACCGAAGCUUUACCAGGUUUGAUCCUUACUGGAUUCACAGAGUUGGCGGUUCUUCUAGUGGCAUCACGAUAAUUCUCAUGGUUCUUGCGUUGGUGUUGAAGUGUAAAGCUUCUAUUAGGAACUGGGAGGCUUAGCUCAAAUCUUUUGUAGUACUUGUUUUUGGCCAUGUAAUUUGCUUAUCGCUUUACAGAACGAAGUUCAUGUAUCUU